UGACAUGGCAUUUCGAUGCUGUCGUGCAAUCAUUUCCCGUCUUGCUUCAGAUCUCCCUCCUCCUCUUUGGGAUCGCCCUCGGAGCCCACAUAUGGAGCGAGCAGCCCAGCGUCGCCUGGGUGAUAAUUGCCACAACUAUUUUCGGAUUUCUGUUCUAUUCGCUGACAGUGAUGGCAUCUUUGAUAUCUCCGGCCUGUCCAUUCCAGACGCCGGUAUCAACAGUGCUGUAUAUGUUGCGCAUCAACAGGGUUCUACGCCCAGUGUUCAAACGAGCAUUCAGUUAUUUCCGGCAGCUACAUGGUGGUGUGCUGCAACAAUUGCUUGGUAUCGUCAGAUCGAGAUGGACCCGAUUGUCUGAAGUACUUGCAGGUCCUGUGCAUGCUACUGGCGCAUUCGCAAGACGCUCUUUUUGGAUGUUAUUUGCUAUCCUUCACAAAGGGCUGCGUUCUUUACUUCCGCACUCUUCGGAAAAGGUUGCAGAAACAGAAGCACAACCGCUCGAUCAGGAUCUAGCUGUUUUGAAGGAAAAUGAUGGCACCCUUAUCCUCGGCCUCCCGGACAUAUCCGCCAGCGAUCUCGAAGCGCCUAGCAUCAAGUGGCUACUGGAGACAUCUACGGAUCCUGAAGUGUUCCUUGCCGCUGCCAGGCUUGCUCCGCAGGUCGAAUGGCCCCUGGAUCUUGACAUCUCGGACAUGCUACGUCAGCUGUAUGACAUUUUUACAAGUUGCGUCGACAUUCAGGAACACAUUGUACCGUCGUUGGAGGAGAAAGCCUCGGCAUGUGCAAUGGCUCUAAGUCAUCUAUACUAUGGACGUGUUCUUCAGGCAUAUCCCGGCCGUGGCGAAUUUCUUGGUCGCGAGAGAAGAGACUAUGGCACGUUUCUUGAUAUGUAUAUAAUUUUGGAGAGGAUUCGUCCAGCUGACCUGACGAUGCUUGACACGACCAUUGGUCUUUGUUCAGAAGAUCCCCAACCUUUUUUCUCAGUAGAUGCUUGUUCCGACUCUGUCUUGCAGUGGUUGUCACAUUCUCUUCCUUACCACUUUGUUGCUGGGCAAGUGAAUGGAGACAUGGAAAACAUCGCGAUAACGGUGAUAUCAAAAUUGCUAUCCUCUCCGUCCUCUCCGUCAAAUCAAAUUGUAGCCAAUUGCACUCUUCUUGCUUGCGUCAUGGUCGG